AGAUGAAGAAGUAGCGAUUUUUGUCGCAUUUUGAUCAUAUAAUGAAUAUUUUUGCGGAUGAUCUUUUCUAAAGAAAAAUCGGACACUUACUGUUGACACGAGAACAUUCAAGUUCGAUUAUCUAACAUACAACUUGAUGAAUAUGGUACAACAGCUACAAUACAACAAUCACGUAAUCAUGCAAUAACACCAAGCGUUCAACAAUCGAAUUCAUUCGCAAGAGAUCGAACAAAUCCGUCACCAUCAUUUAGAACGUGCUAAUUGUGUUUUAAGUGUUGCUUUAAGAAAAUGGCUUGAUAGAAAUCAUUCAACUCAUUGGUCAGAUGGUCUUCUCCCAGUUGUUUACGGUAUAAAUACUAGGGUUUCAUCAACAACAAAAACGACACCUUAUGAAACAAUGUUUGGGCAACAACCACGCUCAAAUUCUGAUUUUUGGAAAAUAGUUAAAGAAAAUCGUAUAGAAGAUGAAGAUCAGUUACCAGCUCCAGUGGAAAGUGAAAAUAUGCUUGAACCGUCUAUCAUAAUUGAAACUCAAUCAGAUGAUUUUGAUAAUGAUAUACGAGAACAUAAUUUAAACGUUAGUAAUUUGAUUUCUGCAAUGUUUCCACUUCUAGAUAUUAAUGAUAGUGCAAAUGCAUCCCAUGUACUUUCUGGUUCUCUGCUUGAUCUAUCUUCGUCUUUCUGUGUUAAUUAUCAUCAACCUCAAUCAACUACAACAAAUUCAACAACACCAGAUCUUGUUGCUUUUGAUUCUCCUUCACUACCAUCUCGAACGCUAACAACUUUUCCUCAAUCAAGUGGUCUAGCAAGUAACGUACUUAGUUUAAAUGGUAACACUUCUACAAUUCUACAAGGUCAAACAAGUUUUAUUAAUUCAUUUGAACCUACGAAUAUUUUUGAUGAAUUUCUGGCGUGUUCAUCUCAACAUACCAAUUUAGUUUCGAUUUCAGCUUCGCAUUCACAAUCCUCCCUUCAACCUUAA